UUUUUCUCUCUCUCCUAGAGGGAUUGUAUGACAGCUAUUCCUGCUGCUGGCAGAGAGAGUGGAGACUGUGAGGGAGAGGGAAAGUCUGUUAUUCAGAGGAAGUUACCACCUCUUCCCUAUAGGCUUCUCUACAUGUUCCAGGACUGGAGAACAGCAGUAGUCACACACAGGGAAUCGUCAAGAUUGACAAAGUCAGGAUUGUUUGUUGUGUUGAUUUUCCCAUCCUGGAGGCGAGAAGUGUACUGUUUUGACUGAGGCUAGCAUUGAGCCUUACCUUAUCUUGACAGGAGUUAACUUUCCUAAGAAGACACCUUGACAGCACUACUUACCUGGGCGGCCAAAUGAACUGUUCGGCCUGAGGAGCGAAGGGCACGGGCAUAGAUCCAGAGAGAGAGAGAGAGAGAGAGAGAGAGAGAGAGAGAGAGGCUCAAUCAUUCAGCAAACCUCUCCACUUCCACCAUGAGCUGGGACUAAAGAGUUACCUCUACAGCUUCAUUUUAUGGUGUAAGAAAGGGCUACUGGACAUAUCGUCAGCAUGGAUGCAAAGAGGAAAGAGAUGGACCUCCUCAGCAACAGCAUAGCUGCCUACGCACACAUCAAAGAGAACCCGGAGAGCUUUGGGCUGUACUUUGUAAUCGGGGUUUGUUUCGGCCUGGUCCUCACCCUCUGCCUCCUGGUCAUCCGGAUCUCCUGCAAGCCCCGCACCAACAUACCGGCCUCCACGCCCGAGAAGAAACACUUAAAGGAUUUCAGUGAGGACGAAUGUGAUGAAGAUAGCGAGGAUGAGGAAGAGGAGGGUGACGUCGAAGCACCCACCCCCCUGCCCACCACAGAGAUUCCCAUUGGCAACCACCACAACCACAGCCAAUCGGACGGGACACUGAGCGUUAACGUGUUCACGUCGGCCGAGGAGCUGGAGCGGGCGCAGCGAUUGGAGGAGAGGGAGCGAAUCAUACGGGAGAUCUGGAGGAAUGGGCAGCCUGAUAUCCUGGGUUCAGGAACAGGCACUAUAGGUCGGGUGCACUACUACUAACGCCCAGUACUACGGGACCACUGAAUGGACAUACUAUACAGAACUAUGGUGCUAUGGAAUCAGGGGGUACACUGUGGUCCACACCCGCCAAAGACAGACUUAGAAUCAGACCUCUGGGUGUGUCAGUUCCCUGAGGGAGACUUUACGAUUCCCAUGAGGGGUGUUACUCAUGCUGUGCAUACAGGCAGGUCACAAAUGGCGUGCUACUUCGAUCUGGUGUGUAUUCAGUGAUGUGAAAUGUUCUGAAUGUUGCAGAUAGAAAUAGAAUGAUUAGAGCGUACACAAUUCCCUAUUCUACCUGAAAGACAAUCAUAUAUGUUCUACAUGAUAUGUUUCUAUCUGAACUCUCUGUAACGUGACAUCCCUCUGAACAGGCCCCUGAAGUGUAAGUCUUGACUCUAACACUAUGUGAUAGUGGUGUGCUGUGUGAAUGUAUUUCCCCCAUCAACAUUUGUCACCUACUAUCACUGCCAUAAUGGAGUUACACCACAAGGCACCUUUGAGACCAGUUCUGCUGCUUUGUGAUCUAGGCAUGUGAAUGGGAACAUUUAUCAUAAUUGGAGUCUACAGUGUAGAGAGAUGCCUGAAUAAAGUAUUGCCCUUAGAAAAGCACAAAGGGAGUAAGGGAGGACUAAUACAGCUAUUGACAAAUAGCCAGAGAUACUGUAGGGAGUAGGGAGUCAGGACCAAGUAUUUUGCAAUGAGAGGUCACUUCCUUUUGUUUGCUAUGGAGCCAUGUUUCCCUCAACAUAUUGGUGAGUUUACAGCGGGACAGCUCCGUGAACUGUUUGUCAUUAUAUUAGGAAAUUAUCCUCAAGUGGUCUUGGAACCUUCUGUGAGGAAAUUGCUUCGCCUAAGUAAGAAAAUAGAAAUAGAUUCAGUGGGACCCUUUUUCACCUGAUGUCAAGUCAUUUUGGAAUUGGACUGCUCAGUUUGCUCAGUUUAUGGACACAGUUUUAGGCUGUUUUCAGAACCAAUUACACUUGGGGAAAUUAAAUAAUUAAAGUGUUAAACUCAAAAGGCCUUGUGGUUGUUUCUGUUACACAUAAUGUCUUUUAGACAAACAAUACUCUUCCUUAUUAAAAUGUCCCUGGGCUAUGUAUUUUGAAUAUACUGUACAAUAUAAAGAUUGUCUAGGGGUGAAAUUUAACAACUGAAAGACCUCAGUUGAGCCAUUUAAUUACAAUGGAUUGUAAGGUCACUCAUUGUUUAUUUUUAAUCUUAACCAAUUGCUACCAUGUGUGCCUUGAAAUGUUAAAUAGAUGUGAUUUUUAUAAUACAAUAUCUUGAAAACUUGUUUGCUAAAUGUUUUGGCAAAACCCAGUGUUCUAUCUAAACUAAAUAAAGUCUUAUUUUAUUGUCUGAAAUAAAACACAGGACAAAAGGAUA